AUGGUCCCCAUGGUCCUCGUCAGGCAGUGCGCCGGAGAGGCGCAGCUUCUGGCCAAAGUUUUGCCGACACACCCACCACGCCCUUUGCGCGGAUACCAGCAAGGCCCCCUACCUCGAGAGUCUUGGAGUGGGCUACGUGGGCUACAGUCGACGGGAGACUGUCGAUGGAGAUCCAUGCGAGCUGGGGCAACGCGGCGUCGCGCGUUUGAGCGCGGCCGGCUUGCCCCGCAGCUCAGACUACGCCGGGCCGCGGUGAUCACCGGCCUGAUCCUGGCGUAUGCUUGGUACUAUGUUUGCCGGUACUCACUGACCUACGCGGGCCCUUCCCUGGUCCAACGCCAGGGCCUGGAUUUGCGGAAGCUCGGGUUGAUACUCAGCGCGGGUCAGAUCACCAUCGGCCUAAGCAAGGUGCUCACAAGUGUCCUGACGGUGGAUCUUCCCGCAUCCUGGUGUUUGGUGCUGGGCCUCUUGCUUACCGGAGCCUGCAAUGUCCUGGCCGCUUGCCUCCCAUCCUUGCGGCUCACCUUGAUGCUGGCGGUGGUGUGGGCUUUCAACGGCCUCUUCCAGGGCUUGGGGAGCCCCUCAUGCGCCCGCGUCAUCAACGAGUGGUGUGGUCCCAAGGAGCGUGGGCUCUUCUGGUCGAUCUGGAACUGCUCCAACAACUUGGGGGGAGCCCUAGCCCCAAUGAUGGUCAGCAUCGGCCUCUCCUUGUCGGGGCACUGGCGUGGGAGCCUGCUCCUUGCCGGCCUCAGUGCCGUUCCGGCCGCUUUGGCUGUGGCCGGCCUGGUGCGCGAGUCCCCACAGACCUGCGCAGAGGGCCCGGCCCCCGAGCCCAAGGCCCCCGAAUGUUUGGCAGCGCCGGCCUCUGGCAGCCUUCGGGGCAUGGAGCUCUUCUGGAGAGGCUGCCUGAAAGAACCCGGCCUGGGGAACUUGGCGCUGGCGAACUUCUUCAUCUUCGGCGUGCGUGCGGCCCUGAUGAAUUGGCUGGCCUUUCACCUCUUCCACGGUUCGGCGCAGGCUGCGGCGCCCUACUUGAGCGCCUUUGAGCUCGGGGGUCUGCUACUGGGGAAGUUUUGUGGUGCCCGUUGUCCCCCCGCUGUUUUUUUAUAA